AUGAGGGGGCAGCAGGAGCGUACUAUGAGGGAUCUAUACGAUCGCAUGCGCCACAAAGAUCUCCCAGUUCCAGAGGAAUCAGCGGAAGGGUGCGCGCGGACGGCGCAUGGAGGGAUCGAGCAACAAGAACUGGCCUCUAAGAUGGAGGACAAGACUGUGGUAAGGAAAAGAGUGGUAUCAAGCAACAACACUUGUGUCAAGGCAGAGUCUGGCACCUGUAAUGUCUGUUCUGCCCCUUGCUCCUCUUGUUUACACCCACGUAUUCGAGUUGAGGAUUCGAAUGUUGAAUGUGCAUCCUCUCAAACAUGCUCCACAAGUCGAGAUUUGACUGCUAAAGAUUAUAAAGCCAUGGCUAACCACAGCAAACUAAGAAAUCAAUGUGUUGAUGAAUCAAAGAAAGGAUCUGAUGGUCGUGAUAUGCAUCCUAGCUCAUCUGGUAGAUUUUCCCCUGUAGAUUCUUCUGUUAUGACAAAAAAGUUGCUGCGAACCCAGUCUUCUAUCAGUGCAUUGAGCAGAUUAUCUCCUAACAGGCAAGCUCAUGAAUUUGGGAAAGCACUGGAUAAUUUAUCUCAUCAACCUUGUGAGAAGACUUCUCUUUUGAAGAAUAAUGAACAACCACGAGGUGGGCAAUUGAACCCUUGUAUAGCUGGUGAUAACAACCAUGGCACGCUGGCAGGCUACAGUAAUAGGCAUGCGAACAAAGAUGGUUUCUCAUUGAAGGAUCUAGACAAUGGCACCUUAUGCUCAAAACAUGAAAUCAAAGAACAUGGUGACAUCCAUUCCAAUGAUGAUGUUAAGAAGAAUGUGGGUGGCAAACAAGAUUCGGAUCAAGAUUGUUCAAUGGAUAUAUCCAGCGACAGAAAGUUGAAUAUACAACAUGGUGUGAUGACAGACUCUGGGAAUUCGGAAGGUUUGAUAGAUGUUAAUGUUUGUGAUAUAUGUGGAGAUGUUGGUAGGGAGUAUCUUCUAGCUACAUGCACCAGAUGCCUUGAGGGAGCAGAGCAUACUUACUGCAUGCGAGUGAAGUUGGAAAAAGUUCCAGUUGGUGAAUGGUUUUGUGAAGAAUGCCAGCUUAAGGAAGAUCAGAAAAAUACAAGAAGUAACUCUGGUACCGUGGCGGUUAAUGUGACAGAAGGAAAGAACCAAAGGACAGAAAGUCAAAGCAAGCCUAAGGCAUUGCAAAUUGUUGUGCCUGAUUUGGAUUCUCCGCAAGUCACACACAGCGCACUGACAGCUGAUCGGUGUGAUGGUAAGAGUAAAAGGUUGCAUUUAGCUUCAGCUGAUACACAAACACGCCAAGUAAAGGAUACCACCCCAGCUGCUGAAAGAUUGGAUGUGAAGAACAAAAAAUCAUUAAGCAUUGCAAACCGUAACAAACUGCAAGUUCUUACAUCUGAUUUGGGCACACGACCACGCAGUCAUGGAACGCCAACACCUGAAGUCUAUAACAAGAGUCAAAGUUCAGAAUUUCUGUUAAACCGCAAAAAGUUGCGAGUUUCUACUGAUAUGGAGUCGCCACUCUCAAGUGAAGGCCUACGGAGUCCACCGAUAUCAUGCCUUUUAUCCAAGCAGCUAUCCUUCAACAGCACCAACAACGGACCAAAGGUCAAGCAGUUGGUUGAUGGGAUGUCUAGCAAGUUAAGACCUGCAGAACAUUCCCCAAGAGAUCCUAGAGAUAAGGAACCCAUCAAAAAGAUUGUACAAUCAGGAUCUUUCAAACGUGAGGGUUCAGAUUCCAUAGAUGCUGGAUCAUCAAAACAAAAGCAAACAUUUCAUUUGUCUCAAGAUGAAAAACCAGGAGUACUGAAGCCAAUAAAAGAAAAGAAUUUAACAGAAAGAAGGGCUUCCUUUAGAUAUGCUGAAAAGAAGCAGAGCUAUGAUUUGUCCAGAAGUGACAAUGGCAAGCAAGAUGUUACCGUGCAUCCAAAACCAAUGGAAGUUUCUGGUAAAGAUGCUUAUGGAGUAAAGAUAUCUGAUCCACGAGUUCAAUCCCAGUGUGCCAAAAAGGAUAGAUCAAAUGAUGUUGAGGAUGACGAGUUACUCAUUUCAGUGAAUAAUGUUAACAUAGCGCCAAAUGAGCAUGCCGAGGUGGUUCCCACAACAUUUACUGCCAUGACAUGUGAAUCAGAUUUGCAAGAUGUUCCAAGAGAAAGCACCUCUGAUGAUUCAGCUCCGAAAGUGGUAUGUUGCGAACAAAAGCUUUUGGAAAACACAGGAGAUGAUUCCUGUAAAAUUGUAGAGGUGGUUCAAGAUUCAGGAGAUAUAUUGUCUGUGACUCCACGUGGUCUUCAGAUGGCACACAAUCUAUACCCCCCUGAAAAUAAAUUGGAUAAACCGGAUUUGGAGAAGGAAGCUUUUGCUGAUCAAUCUUCAGCUCUUGGGAAUCCUUUAAAAGAUUUUGUUAUUCCAGAGCAGUCUUACAUCUGGCAGGGUAGCUUUGAGGUUUCAGGAGAUGGAAACUCCCCUGAAAUGUUCGAUGGGUUUCAAGCUUACUUGUCUACUUGUGCCUCGUCCAAAGUACGUGAAGUAGGUGAACAGUUACCUGACAAAAUUCAGCUAGCAGAAGUUCCACGGCAUUCCUCAUGGCCGCUGCAAUUUAAUGAAGUAAAUCCAACUGAAGAUAAUAUUGCUCUUUUUUUCUUUGCUAAAGAUGUUGAAAGUUAUGAAAGGGCAUAUGGUAAACUCUUGGAUAACAUGCUUCUUGGUGAUUUGUCCCUCAAAGCAAAUAUUGGUGGCACUGAACUUCUCAUUUUUCCAUCUGAUAAAUUGCCAGAGAGGAUUCAACGUGAGUUUUUCUUUGCUAAUGUUGCUGUCUCUUGGCAGGAUUGCUCAUUGCCUCCUUUUAAUGGAUUCUUUAUGAUAUUUUACAGGUUGGAAUGGUUUACUUUUCUUUUGGGGCAUUUUUAUGCCGGAAAGAAAAGUAGUCCACUAGAGCUUCCUACAAAUAAUUGUCCAUUAGAACAAAUCAAUGGACCUGUUAUCCAGCUUGAUAUGGGUUCCCCUAAGGCACUUCAGCCUUUGGGUAUAGAUUUGAAUGAGUGCCCUAAUGAUGAUAUAUCUGAUCCGGCUCUUUCACUUGGAUCAGAGAGUGAGAAAUCUGGUGCAUCUGUAGAUCAUAAUAUUUUAUUAGAGUCCAAAGACGAGGAUAGAAAUCUGAAUGCAAGUGAAAUACAUCAUGAAGAAACUGCAGGCACAAGACAAAUUAUACUGGGGCAUCCUUCUGCAGCUCCCUAUGGAACUAAUCUUCCCACAAUCUCAACAGGAGAAGGUCAUGACAUGGUUCGGGAUUAUCCAGCUGCUGCAAAAGGUAGCACAGGAACAGCAGGUGGAAACAAAAUGGAGAAAGCAGAUCAGAAUGAAUCUCUCUUCUGUUUUUCACAGCAACCAGGUGCAAUUAGAUCAAUCUCACAUGAGAUAAAAUUUAAGAAACAUGGUCUUCUGCCCUCGCAUUGUCAUUUUAGUGGAUCAAAGAUAUGUGAUAAUCAAACCAAAUCAACUCCAAGUUCAGAUAUGGGUUCUUUGGAUUCUGACCUCACCAACAAAAGGCAGAAGACUUCUUAUGGCAAACACUAUACUUGCAUUUUUGGAGAUGAAAUGCCACCUAUUAAAUGCUUGUCCAAGAUACAUCCCUUACCGGCUGGACAGGAUAAUCCAUUCGAUGUUUUACAGCAUUGUCACAGGGGUCCUUCAGAUCCUGUCUCUCUUAAAAAACCUGUACCUGAUCAUAUCAUCCAUGUUCUUUCAUCUGACGAUGAAGAUUCCCCAGAACCUAGUACUAGCUUAAAUAAGGCAUCACUGAAGGCAGAUGAGGGCUCCACUUUAUUGUCACUUUCCCUAUCCAUGGUGGCAACGAAGCGUAAUCUUUCUGGUUCAGAUAUUGUAGAUGAUGAGCCACUGUCUCUAUCCCUUGGGCUCCCCAGAAUUGUCGAUGGGAGUGCGGAUCAGGAGAUGAAGCAAUUUCUGCCGGAGAAGCCAGGCAUAAACACUUAA